AUGGCCAUGGAUGACGAAGAAGAGGCCGAAGAAGGAAACACAACAGUCGCCUCCGGCUGUCCCGAGCCGCCAAAGCUCGACAGGAUCUCGUCAGAUGUCCUCGUCAGUCUGGUCCGUCUCGAGCAGUCAUCUACGCCGGCCAGGAGAUCUUCAUCCAUCCUCGUCCGUCUCGUCUAUCACGAGCAGUCAUCUACGCCAGCCAGGAGAUCUUCAUCCAUCCUCGUCCAUCUCGUCCGUCUCGAGCAGUCAUCUACGCCAGCCAGGAGAUCUAGGCCGGCCAGGAGAUCGCCGCUCGUCCUCGUCCAUCUCGUCCGUCUCGAGCAGUCAUCUACGCCAGCCAGGAGAUCUACGCCGGCCAGGAGAUCGUCAUCCGUCUUCGUCCAUCUCGCGCAGUCAUCAACGCCAGCCAGGGUCAGCAAGAACUCCAACCGCUCCAGCCCCGGUUCCGGCCCCGGCUCCGUCUCCGGUUCCGGCCCCGGCUCCGUCUCCGGCCCCGGCUCCAGCCGGACCAAGCGCAACAGGAUCUCGUCAUUCGUCCUCGUCCAGCUCAAGCAGUCAUCUACGCCGGACAGGGCCGGCAGAAACUCCAGUGAAGUUUGA